UGGGUACUCUCUGCAACUCGAUCUGUUACAUACUCCUAGAGAACUGCCAUUAGCUUCUCAAUUUCCUAAGAAUUUCAAGUUAGGGUUCUUGGAGUUCGUAGCAUUAACGUAGAGCUGUAGAUGGUGUUGCAGUUGCUGUAACGGCGGACUCCUCUUGCAGGUUACUUGGUAGAAGAUGUUAAUGGAAUGGCAUCCAUUAACAUGUUAGAGUAUGGAGAAGCAUAUACAACUCUUCACCAACCAGCUGUUAUCAUAGGAGGAUGCCUCGUUCUGGUUGCAUUGAUACUCUCCAUCCAUCUGAUUUUUCAGCAUCUUCGAUCCUACACAAACCCAGAGGAACAGAAAUGGAUUGUUGCGGUUAUUUUCAUGGUUCCUGUCUAUGCUUGUGAGUCUAUUAUAUCCUUGUGGAACUACAGAUUUUCCAUUGCAUGUGAUAUCCUGAGGAACUGCUAUGAAGCAUUUGCUUUGUAUGCUUUUGGAAGAUAUUUGGUUGCCUGCCUUGGUGGUGAAGAAAGAGUCAUGGAAGUCCUAGAAGGUGAAUCAAGAAAACAACUCUCCAAACCAUUGGUAGAAGAAGAAGACAAGCCAUUGCUAGAACAAACAGCACAUAAGAGAUCAUUUAUCAGUUUUUUCCUCCAGCCAAGUGCGCUUGGAAAAGACUUGUACAAAACAGUGAAAUUUGGUCUUGUACAAUAUAUGAUUCUGAAGACUGCUUGUGCCUUCCUGGCCUUAUUGUUGGAACUCUUUGGUGUUUAUGGUGAUGGAGAAUUCAAGUGGUACUAUGGGUACCCAUAUAUAGCAGCAGUGCUGAACUUCAGUCAGAUGUGGGCUUUGUAUUGUCUUGUGCAGUUCUACAAUGUUACUCAUCAGAGACUCCAACCAAUAAAACCACUUGCAAAGUUCAUCAGCUUCAAGGCCAUUGUAUUUGCAACUUGGUGGCAAGGUGUUGGUAUCGCAAUAUUAUGCGCACUUGGUGUUUUACCCAAGGACAAGAAAUUUCGAAAUGGAUUACAGGAUUUCCUCAUCUGCAUAGAAAUGGCUAUUGCAGCUGUUGCCCAUGUUUUUGUCUUCUCAGCAGAACCUUACCGCUUGCUGCCUGUUUCUGAGCACGGGAAGGUCUCCAGAAAAGAAACCAGAGCCAUAUUGAAGCUGGAGGAGGGUGGUAAGGAGAAACCAGCUUUCAUUGAAAAAACUGAUACUCAUGUUGAGUCUCCUGGGACAAGUGUCAGUGAGAGUGUUCAAGACAUUGUUAUUGGAGGCGGCGAACAUGUUAUCAAGGACGUUGUACUGACCAUAAAUCAAGCAAUAGAGCCCAUGGAGAAAGGUGUGACAAAGAUACAGGAUAAGUUACAUCUUAGCUCGACAGGCUCCGAUAGCAAGGAGAAAGAUUCAAAGGCAGAAGUUGAACAUGUCCAGGAAAACAUCACCGAAAGUGAGUCUCAUAUGGUAAGUUCUAAGGAGGAGGUGAUCUCUGAAACCGUUAGUGGAACUGAUGAACAAAAGGACACCAGACCAAAUUGAAUACAAUGUGAAUCCCACCCGAGGGGCUCUUGUAGUUGUAGAGCAUCUCUUCUAAGUC